UCUCUCUCUCUCUCCACCCCCACCCCCUCCCCCGUGCCGUCGGCCGGCCGCAUCCCCGCCGCGCGGCCUCGCCCCCCACACGCCGACGGAUCUCCGGAUCUGCGCGGCCUCGCCCCCCACCCGCCCGGAUCCGCACCGAGGCGCGGGUGCCGCCUCCACAGGAAGGAAUUCGGUUCUCCCCCUCGCAGGCGGUGUCCUCGACGGUCAGCGGCGGCGACCCGGCGCGGGAGUCCUUUCGCCGGUAAGGAACCCUAGAUUUCUGUUCGUUUUCCUCUUCUCCCGUGCCUUCCUUCUCCUACUCAGCCGCGCCACCAUGACUUUCCCCAUGGCCACCUCCACCGCCUCCACGGCUGCCGCCGCUUCCCUCCGUCUCCUCCCCGCGCCGGCCACCCCAUCCUCCCGCACUAUCCGCUUCCCGCCCAUACGCCGCCGCGCGCCCCACGCCCUCUUGUCCGUCUCCGCCCUCAGCAAGCUCUCCGAGGCGUCCCCCGUCCCCAUCUCGCAGGAGCCCACCCAGACUUUGCCCGACGAGGACGCGCCGCCCCCUAGGCCCGGGGUCUACGGCGUCUUCGAUCCCGCCGGGGACCUGCAGUUUCUCGGGAUCUCGCGCAACGUCAGGGCCAGCAUCGAGGGGCACCGCAGAAAGGUGCACGCUGACCUCUGUGCCUCCGUCAAGCGGAAGAGGGCUUCCAAUGGCCCUGUGAUUGCCGCUCCGGAGAAGGAGGCCCUUGCUGCCGGCUGCCGCAAGGAGCUCGCGGGCUUGUUGGAGUAUUUCAAGGAGGUUUCUGGCCACAAGAUGCAGAUCGAUGGUGGUGGAAACCUGUCAACCAAUGCCAUGAUUGGGUGCUUGCUGGAGGAGAGCAAUCUUGGGCUAUCCAAGUUGGUGGAUGAGACAUUUGAGAAGCUCAAGGGAACAGAGGGUGUCUCUGUCGCUUCGGUCCGCAGCUCAGUCCUGCUCAUUGGACAGAGGAUGAUGUACGGACAAUCUAGCCCCGAUGCUGAUGUGUUGGAAGAUGAAUCGGAUCUUUCUCUUUGGUGUUGGGAGAAGCAAUAUGCCUACGUCGACUCCCUCAAGCUCGCCUGCAACGGCAAGGAGGUCUGGGUCUUCGACAUCGACGAGACCACCCUCUCCAACCUCCCCUACUACGCCAAGCACGGCUUCGGAGAUGAUUGUGUGUUUCUUGAAGGUCUGUCGGGCGCCAAGAAUUUGGAGUUGAUAGCUGACUACGUUAUGGCAGGGCCUUCUUAUAUUCUGACAAGAGUCAAGCUAUCACUGUGACGAUGCCAGAAUCAUGCAUCUCCAUCGUAUACCUAUUCUUUGGUUUCUCUUUUUCCAACCUAAUCCGAAGUAUGCAUUUCUUCAACCUAGAUACUGCAUGGUUGAAAUUAGAAAAUGGAACAUGUUUGGAGUGUGUGCCAAGAUAAUGUUUAUGUUUAGAUUUGGUAAGAAACUGAGUACCCACACACAUGAGAUUGUAACAUCUGUAGCCAACUUAUUUCUUCAUGUAAUCUUAUUGAUAAUGUAGGACCAUAGCACGGAUGCGAACUCGGUAGCUAGCCAAUAUGCAAUGCCUAUGCUAAUAAUCUUUUGUCCAAGUAGCUGCAAAGGGUUACUCUGAUGACCACAUGGCGGCCCUGUCUUUGGGACAGUUGAUUACAGUUUGUAGUUCAGGGAUAAGUGAUCAGUUAAUACAAUAGCUUUAAAUAGUGCGUGGUAUGACCGCUAUCGCUGCUAUUGUGCCUUGACCUCAGCGCUAUUUUCCCUUUGCUAAAUCACAGGAUAUAUUGCCAAUAUUGUGGGAAAUAGCACUACAAUCAUGCAAUUUUAGACCCCCUGUGGCAGGUCCAACGCGUGCAAUCUUAAUCUUUGGCUAAUUCAAGAGUGAAUAAUUUCACAUAGUAGUUCUUUUAUAUAUUAGAGCAUAUAUAGAUGGUAGACCUAAGGUUUUAGUUUGCCUCAUACAUGCGUCCACAAAGGUUAAGGACCCCCUAGCUUCUCUUCAAUGACGUGCCACCACUAAUGUGUUUGCCUAGGUACCAACAGGUUGUUGAUCAGUCCUCCACGGCAUGCACAUCAUCUACCACCCAGUUCAAAAUUCCGAUUUCGGCAGCCCUUCACCUUUGCCGACAGCCUGGUAUGGCACAACCAGUCUACUCUGAAGCUAGACUUUCUUACAAUAUGUGUAAGAGACCAGCACCCGUGUCCACUAUUGAAGAUGGUCACGGUUAUACUACAAUGCAUGGAUGUGUUGGCAGCUAUGUCCACAGUCCACAUGGAGAUCAAUAGACAUGGUGUAGAACGAUCAGAGACUCCUGCACUAGGAGCUGAUAUGGUUAUUGUGACAAUAAGUGCAGUUGAUGGGUGGACUGAAGAUGACACUAAACUUAUCAAACGUGUCAUGAUUGAUAAGGUACCAUCAGUUUCAUUUUCUCAACAAUUUUGUUGAUGAUGUCCGGUUGCCUGGUUGAUGGUUUGCAUGCCUUCUGUUUGAGCAACAUAUUCAACAAAUUCUGCAUUGGAAAAUGAUGUCUUUCGAAUCAUGCUGGUCCUCGGUCAUUUUCGACACUUUUGACCUUUGAGCAGCAUAUGCAGUGGCAUAGAACGAUCUCAACAAGCCUGGUAGGGUAACCAAAGAACAAGCAAUGAAAUUGAACCCAUUUUCUGGAUGGGGUCAAAGAUCUAUAGGCUGGGAUUACUGUUGUCACUGCCCUUUAGAUUUGGGUUGUAUCGUUGUGUAUUAUAUUUGCUAUGGAGCUAUGUAUGUAUGGAUGCUAUGGAACUA